GGUUGUCCUUUGAAAGACGGAAGCAAUAGGUGGAAGAGUAUUCUUUCUGCCUCAGUGAAAAUAAUAAUUCUGGCAGCUCCAGUUUUGAUCACUUGGGUCUGGAAGAACAGCAUGACAAGAUGGGACUCCAGGAAAAACAGCUUCCAUGGCAUAUUGCGUACAGGGCACAACUAGAAUGAGUGCUGCAGAAAGUUCUUCGGAGCACGGAGAGCAUGAUCAAUCAUCAAGCAGAAAGAACUUGACAAGUUCUCUUGAACAAAAGAUAAGGUGCUUGGAAAAACAGAGAAAAGAGCUCCUGGAAGUUAACCAGCAAUGGGAUCAGCAAUUUAGAAGUAUGAAAGAGUUAUAUGAACGAAAGGUCGCAGAGCUGAAAAUGAAACUGGACGCCGCAGAAAGGUUCCUCAGCUCGCGGGAGAAGGAGCGGCUUCAAAGUCAGAGAGAGAGCGACCGGCUGCACGACCAGACCCGCCAGCGGCUGCAGCUCGAGGAGAAGGAAAAGGAGAGCCUAAGUGAAGAAUUACAUGAAUUGAAGAAAGAAAAUAAGCUUUUGAAGGAAAAAAACACUCUUGCGAGCAAGAAGAAGGAACAGUAUGAAUGUGAAAUAAAGCGCCUCAAUAAGGCUCUUCAAGAUGCCUUGAAAAUCGAGUGUUCUUCAUUUCCGGAGGAUUGUUUGGGAAAAUCUGAACUGGAGUGCAGACAUAAGGAGAUGAGAACAGAAAUGGAAGUUCUCAAACAGCAGGUGCAAAUAUAUGAAGAAGACUUCAAAAAAGAACGAUCAGACCGUGAAAGACUUAAUCAAGAGAAAGAGACUCUACAGCAAAUUAUUCAAACUUCUCAAUCCGAGUUGAAUAGGCUGAAUUCUCAGAUAAAAGCUUGUCAGAUGGAGAAAGAAAAACUCGAAAAGCAGUUAAAACAGAUGUAUUUCCCAAUCUGUAACUGUGGCUUGAAUUUCCAUCUGUGGGAUCCAUGCACACUGGCAGACCCUGGGACUGCACAAGAUCUACAUAAGCACCCACCAGACUAUCAGUGGUAUGCUCCUGACCAGUUUCCGCCAGAUGUGCAGCACAAGGCAAAUGGCUUCUCCUCAGAAAAGAAAGUCAAUCAGUAGAAGCACACACACGUGCAGAGCGUACGGGCGGAGGGAGAGCUUGGCCGAGGGCCCUCAUUUCUCUUUUUCCCGUGGCUUGCGUCUGCACAACUGCGUACCAUCUACUCCAUUAUUGGUGCCCGGCAGUGUCUCCCUGUGGCAUGGAUAGAGGAAGACUUGUGACGGCUAAGAUCCUGAUCAAGUCUGAGAAGCCAGUGUGACACAACCAAACACAACUUCCAGUUUCCUCGGCAUGAGAUUGAGCAGACAGAUUAUGCGCCAUUCUUUGAAACUCUCUUCAGCAUAUCGCUUCAGAUUUUACAGAGGUGAUUUCCCAAUUUCAGCGACUCCACUUUUGGUGCAGUGGUGUUAUAUGUUGAUUGAAAUAUGUAUUCCCUGGGGGAAAAGCAUCUACAGGGGUAAAUUUGUAACAUUGCUCCCGUUAGUUGUAUAGGGGCUUGGUUCUUUACCCUGUUUGAUUAGAUACUGUGUUCAUCCUUGUUGGCCUCAGUGAACUUGUCAAUAGGACUGAAGAGGUGUAUAUACUUCCUGAAACUCAAUGAAUGGUUCAAUCUGAAUAACAUAUAAACUUGAAACUGUUCUUUAAACAGAUCAUUCCUUUAAGAUGAUGGGAAAUUGUGAGCCUACUUCAUUUCUAGGUGGACUAGAUUAUGAAAGAAAACCCUACUGUGAUGAUGAUGGUAUUGGCUGUGUUCAUAUACACGUCCAGUAGUAGUUCGGAGAUACGUGGAUUUGUAGUUAAAUCUGUUUUUUCUUCCUGUGGAUUUGAGUAACUAUUGAUGAAAAACAUGUGUGACUUCUCGAACCUAUUAAAAUGGAAAAUGAAUGUAUCCUAAUUGUGUGGCAAUUAAAUUGUACAGUGGCAUGACAGAUGUCUAAAGACUAAGCAGAUUUAAAAGUAUUCCGUUCAUCCAUUUAAUAAGGGUUUUGCUACGACCAACCGGAGAUCCUCUUUGUGAGAUGUAUAACAGGAGCGUGAGAUCCACAGGUAUCUGUGAUCCUAGACGUAUCUAAAGAAAACCGGGAGCAUCUGCUGAACCUGAAGUCACAUAAAACAAUCCAAGAUACUGCCGAAACUAUCUAGCUCCGACUUCCCGAAGUUAUACUACUUAAUUCCAGCUCAGAUGCUUUUCUUUUUCAGUUUCUGAAUAUACUUGAAACUUCGUGUAAUGGAGAAGUGAAAGAGCUUUAGAAAGUUAACUACUUUCAGCCUGAGUCCAGCUACUCAAACCACAAUUCCUGAGAAAGAACUCUCCUUCUCUUACGUUAAUUCUCUGAAGCUUUGUUUUUGUUUUCGCUGCUCCUUAUUAAAGAGACAAACCAUUCUUGAGCAAUACUUCAGCAUAAGUGAAUCAGGAAAACAAUGGAGUUUAUAAGUCAGUUUCAUGGAAACACAUUUUUUUUUUUAAAUUUCUGUUUCCUCGGAUUAGUGGAAAAGUCAUUGCAGUAACAACUUUGAGUGGUGGAUUAAGUUUACCAACUGAGAUGUGCCUGUCAGAAUAAGAACGGAACACACAUACAAGAAGUACCCUUUGAUGGACUCAUUCUAAGUCAAUCCAACAGCAAUAAAACAAGACUUAACCAUCCCAUUACUAUCACUGAAGUCUUCCUAUUAUUAAUUAGCAAAUUGGCAAACAUUGGCAAGAUGGCACCGAUGCUAAUGUAAUGGGAAAAACUCCAAUUUAAGUGAGACCUAAUUUAAUUUGAAUUCCCAGCGGGUGACUGCAAAUGUGAGAAGGGGACCCCUUGCUCUGAAUACACCUGCGUUUCCAAGAAGACAGAUGUCUACAGCCUUGGCCAUGGCCUGAGAGCCAGCCAGUCCCUCCUGGGUCCUUCUCCCCAAAUCGUUUGUUUGGGGACUUCUGUCUCAGCCCAUAAUAAAGGUCAUCCUCA